GCGCCAGCAGGCCCAGCAGAGGAGCGAAAACAUUUGAGUAAAAAUUCAAAAUUCUUAUAGCAGAGUUCCUCCAGCUCCCGGGUUCGAGGACGAGAUCCAUCAAAAUUAAAAAUGGGUUUAGAUUUGGAAGAAUUUCAACCCAUUUUUGGGGAAGCAAAAGCAGAGUUGGAAGCUUCUUCUGCAACCUCAAAUGGCGAUGUAAUUUCAACGUUGAAUCCAUUUUUGUUCAGGGUUUUUGCAGCUGACCUCUCUCAUCUCGCUUUUCAUGUCACUGAUUUUCGUUCCAACACUUGGGAGGCUCUUCGUUCUGUUCACCAACUCGAUGACAUGAGGGAUAGCAUAGGCAUUGGUGGUUCGUGGUCUGACUUUAUAAAUUAUGUUAUUGCUUCUUUGAAAUCAAAAGACGUCAAGCUUGUUAUGGAUUGGCAGCCUAAAUCGAGUGUAGGUGCUACAUCUGCAAAAUUGGUUGCUCGGAAAGCAAAAGGGAUGCCAUUGAUGUCAAUUCCACUUACUAAGCUUGGACCUUCUGCUGCAUGUGAAGCUGUGGCAAAUUUGUCACUGGAGCUCUUUAGGGCAUACAAUAUCCUGCAAGUUUCCUUCGGAAAAGUUUGUUUCAAUGUUUAUCCAGAGCAAGAGCGCUGCUGUCAAUUAACCCAAGUGAUAUCUGCAGAAAAGGAGAAAAACCAAGCAGUCAAGAGGAAGCUUGAUGUUGUGCAGUUGGAAAACCAGAGGCUACAAAGAACAUCAGAGACUGGGAAUAUAACUUCUCCUUUAAACUCUGACACUUCAUCUGUCACUGCAGCACUGAAUUCUUCAGAUAAGCAGCCAGCUGCUGAAGUCCAAUCUGCUAAAGUUGCUCAUCGUGUUGUACCUGCAUACCGCAGAGCUAAAGUCAGGGGAGCUGUUCUGUGUGACCCGGAAGAGGGAGAAGGGAGCUGAUUGUUGCAAGGUUGGUGACUGGGCUUGUAGAAUACAUCACUAGGUAUUUUGUAGCAAUUUUAGUUAACAUGCCACCAACAAGAAGUUAGUUUUUUGGGAGUUCAAUGACACUGAAAAUAUAGUCUCAUCAAAGAAUGAUUACUUGCCCCCCUGUUAAGAGGGGGCUGCUGCAUAGGAAUUGAAGAUAAAGAAUUACAUUAAAAUUGUGUAGGUUUCAGGUUAUGUAUGUCAUUACUAUCUAAUUACUUUUGUAUAUAUGCUGGCUGCACUUAAUACAGCUAUGCGAAAAGUACUUGGCUCUUUGAAGAUGUGAAUUGGGUCUUUUUGUUGGAACUUAUCUUUUGAUUUAUGAACACGAAAUUAUAAAAUUUAUCAUA